AUUUCUUUUUCCCCACGAAGCAUCUCUUUAGCCUUAUAAACAACAUAACAGUACUGAUGAAAACCCAGAGACUCGAGAUUGCUUUGGUUCUCCGCUUCAGCUAAAACCUCUAAAACCCCUCAUCGAAAUUCGCCGUUUUUUGAAGAGACAGCAAAUGAAUGAAAAAAGUGCAGAACCCAACAACAAAGAGCUCUACGCUCUGCUUCACAUAUCGCCGGAAGCAUCCGAUGAAGAGAUUAGAAAGGCUUAUCGUCAGUGGGCUCAAGUCUACCAUCCUGAUAAAUACCAGUCGCCGCAAAUGAAAGAAAUCGCAACAGAGAACUUUCAACGAGUAUGUGAAGCUUAUGAGGUUUUAACAGAUGAAAACAAAAGGGUGAUAUAUGAUAUCUAUGGUAUGGAGGGACUAACUUCUGGUCUGGAGCUUGGACCUAAACUGGACAAAGUCGAAGAGAUCAAGGAAGAACUUGAGAGAAUGCGGCGUCAAAGGGAGCACGAUAAGGUCUUGGCACAUGUUCGACCUUCUGGUUCGAUUUUGGCACAUUUGUCGUGGCCUAAUUUUUUAGAUGGUGGUGGCCUUAUGAAAGGGAUGGCCAUGGCCAGUCAAGUUCAAUCUCAAAUAUCAAAGCGCAAUUCUCUUGCUAUUGGUGGGAAUUUGGCCGUUAAUUCAGAUUCUGGUAUGGGUGCAGCUACCAUUGUCCUUGGGCACCAAAUAUCUCCAGUUUCUUCUGCAGAGUUCAUGGGUUCCAUUGGUUUGCAGUCAUUAAUAGGACUACAAACUACUCGCCAAUUGUCUGUCAACUCCAAUGCAACAAUGGGCAUUACCAUGUCUUUGAGAGACGGCUCAAUUAAUCUUUCAAACACCUGGACCCGUCAACUCUCAGAGACUACAAAUGCAAAUAUACAGCUCUCUUUAGGUCCAGAGUCAUCUAUAGGUGUCGGUUGGAGAAAGAAAGAGCAAAAGAUGUCUGCUUCAGGAGAGAUUAAGUUUGGCACCAGUUCAUUUGGCGCAAAUGCUCAGUAUACUCAUUUCUUUUCCUCUAAAUCACAUGGUCGGAUUGCAGGCACAGUUGGAAGUAGUUCACUUGCAAUCGAAAUUGGAGGUGGAAGAAAGAUAUCUAAAUUCAGCACUGUACGGAUGCUAUAUUCGAUAGGAAUUCAGGGACUUACUUGGAAAUUUGAAUUGCAUCGUGCAGGGCAAAAAUUGGUUAUUCCUAUAUUGUUGUCUAGUUAUCUUGAUCCAGUUUUUGCUACCGGAGCUUUCAUCAUUCCCGUAUCACUUUAUUUUGCUGCCAAGAACUUAAUUUUUAAACCGUAUUACCUUAAACGGGAAAAGCAAAAGGCUUUGGAGAACAUUGAAAAAACUCAAGGCCAGGUUCAAGAGUCACGGGCUGCAGCCAAGAAAGCUCAACAGUUAUUGAAGAAUGUUGCGAACAGGAAACAAAAUAAGCAACUUGAAAUCGGUGGAUUGGUUAUUGUCAAGGCAGUUUAUGGGAACAGUAAAUCUAUUUCGAACAGAGAAAAUUCUGAAGAAACUGAAGACGAAGAGGCAUCACAGAUCAUAGAUGUCACAAUUCCUCUUAACUUUCUCGUUAAUGAUUCUGGUCAACUCAAGCUACAUGAAGGUGUGAAGAAAUCGGGAAUUAUGGGAUUUUGCGAUCCUUGUCCGGGAGAAACUAAACAGUUGCACGUGGAAUAUACGUACGGUUCAUCCAGAUAUGAGGUAACAGUUGGUGAUAGUGAUGAGUUGCAAAUACCACAGGAGAGGCACAAAAUCUAAAAUUCUGGUGAGGAGAAUAUGCUGAACAGAAUGAGAAUCUCUUUCGUUAUAUCUUUUUGAGAAAGUUGAACAGUUGAAGAGACUUUUAAAAGUAUAUUUGUAGCACAGGAUUAAUAACUUUCUGACCCUUUUCAUUUGCUGGUUUCCAUUUUUUUGCCCCAUUUUCUUGCAAAAUUUUGUUUGGUAAUGUUGUUGUUACCUUCUAUUUGUCGACAAACGUUGAAAUGGGGUGACUCGUCAUGACCGUAUUUUUUCGCAUUCUUUUUUCUCUGUAUGCGCAAUGGUCUUGCAGGUUUUCUCUAUUAUAAUUGGUUCAUUUUUUUUUAAUUAUUAUUAUUAU